AUGAAAAUAUCAAUUAACGUCAGGGCGCAGCAACAAUGUUUCCCCGAACGGCAUAAGGCGAGGCCAUGUUUGAACGAAUUGCACAUUCAAUAUGGAAAAGCUGUUUGUGAUCUGACACUGAUGAUGACAAAGUACCAGAUCCAAUCGGUGGUCAUGCCUGAGCAGAUCCUCACCGUCACGAUGAACACCUUAGUGGCAUGA